AUGGCACAUAAACAUGCACUUGAGGCAAUAAAUAGAAGUUUGCAAGACAUACGUAGUAGUCAAACGCCCAUGGGUGGUUUGGUUGUUCUUCUUGCGGGAGAUUUUCGUCAAACAUUGCCAGUUGUUUCAAGAGGCACACCGGCCGAUGAAAUAAAUGCUUGCUUGAAAUCUUCAUAUCUUUGGAAUGAAAUUGAAAAAUUAAGCCUAACCACCAAUAUGAGAGUUCAACUGUUUAAUGACACAGCUUCCGGUACAUACGUAGAGGAGUUACUCAAAAUCGGAAAUGGAGAAGUUGUUAAUGACGUCAAUGGUGAAAUUUUAUUUAAGCCAACGUUUUGCAAUUUGGUAUCUUCUGAAGAAGAACUUAUUUCUAAAAUGUAUCCAGCUAUUAAUGAUAACUUAUGUAAUGAUGCUUGGUUAUGUGAAAGAGCAUUGUUAGCACCGACAAAUAAUAUAGUGGAUCACAUUAAUCAUAAAAUUUUGUGCUCAGCAAAGGGAGAAAAUGCUUUUAAUCCACGUAUACCUAUCAAACCAACAGAAUUGCCAUUUGACUUUAAACGGAUACAAUUUCCGGUUAAAUUGGCAUUUGCAAUUACCGUAAAUUAG